GUCAGGAACAAUUCGUUGGCUCGAAACACCACGUUGUACGUGGCGUCAAACAAUUCAGGGAUCUGGAACGAUGGCAGAUGACUUGGAGGCUCGUCUACAGAGCCAUGCGAAGGCAUUCGAGGGUCUCAUGUCUCUCUUACCGCCUGAUUUGUACUAUGGAAAGCAAAACACCGAAAACGAGUGGAUGAAGAAGAAGCAGACCAAAGAGGAAAAGAAAGCUGCGAGGAAGGCAAAACUUAAUCCAGCCAACCAUAAGACGGCCGCAGAUGUCGCCAAUGAAAGAGACCAGAAGCGUAGAUUAGAGGAGGAGGAAGCCGAGAGGGCAGCGGCUGGCUUUGACGGUCCGAUGGAGCGUCCGGGUGAGGGGAUGGCAAAGCCAAAAGCGAAAGCACAGAAGAUUGCCAAGGGCCAGGAUGUGCAUUCGAAAGCAUAUAAUGACGAAUCUGACGGAUCCAAGCCGACCCUCAGACAAGACGGUCCGAAUUCGAAGGAGGAGAGACGGAAAGCGAAAGAACAAAGGCGGAAGGAGAAACAGGAGCGAAAAGCUGCCAAGGCAGAGAAGAAGAAGGCCAAGAAGCAAGCAAAAGCGCAACAUGUCAACCCAUCUGCAGCGAAGGAUGCCGGGGAUGGUGAGGAAGAGGAUGGUGAGGGGGAGGAUGAGGAAGAAGAAUCUGCAGAAGAUGCCACAGACGUAGCUCGAGUUGCUGAUAUCGAUGCCAUCGAUGUGUCAGGGCUUGUAGACGAUUCCUACGAGAAGGACAGACAUUCUUCAAGCCGAUCACCCUCACCGGAUCCUGAGUUCUCCCCUCACCACAACGACAGAGCAUCAUCGACGUCCUCUGUUCACACUUCAGAGGGUACUGAACAAUCUGCGAAACCAUCGAAUAAGAAACCUGCUUCAAAGCCAUCUCAUCCACCAAAAGAUGAAGAGCACGAGACCCCCGAGCAAGCGAAGGCCCGCAAGGAAGCACAAAUAGCAAGGCUGCGGGCCUUGAUAGAAGCGAAGCGAAAAGCUCGAAAGGCAGAUGGUUUGGACGGCAAGCCUGCUCGUAGUCGUAGCGAGCUGAUCGAGGCACGCCGCCAAAAGCAGCAAGAACUCAAGGAAAAGAAGAAGGCGUUACGCGCGCAGGAAAGGGAAAAACUCAAAAAGGAGGAAAUGGAAGCUCAUCUAGCCUCCCUCCGCGGCUCUCCUGUUCUUGGUUCGGAACUUUUUGCCCCGCGCUCGCGCUCAGCGUCCGUAUCGAGCCCCAGCGCAGCCAAUAACGUCAAUUUCUCCUUCAACCGCGUUACGUUUGCUGAUGGGGCGCGCCUCAACUCAAGUCUGACAUCUAUUGAUGAGCGUAAGAAGCGAAAAGGACCUUCAGACACUAAGACGGCGCUUAUUGCAGCCGAAAAGCACCAAGCACGUCUCAACAGUCUGGAUCCGUCCAAGCGCGCCUCGCUUGAGGAGAAGGAUAUGUGGCUUCACGCACGUCAACGUGUCAGCGGCGAGAAGGUGCUCAACGAUGUGUCGUUGCUGAAAAAGAGCCUGAAGCGUAAGGAGAAGGCGAAGAGCCGUAGCGAAAAGCAGUGGAACGAACGGUUGGAAGCCGUGAAGAGGAGCCAGGAGGCGAGACAGAGAAAGAGGGAGGAGAAUAUUGCGAAGAGGCGGGAAGAGAAAAACGCGCCAAAAGGGAAAAGGGCGAAGACGGGAGCAGGCGUUAAGAAGAGCAAAUCAAAGAAGAGGGCGGGAUUCGAGGGCACAUUUAGAGGCCGGGCCUGACGAAUCCAUUUCUGAACAUUUACGGCGUGCAGUGGUGUUGUACAGAAACUCGUAAUGAUAAUGGCUUUAACGCGGGUUUGGAAUAAAAACGAUCAUGGCCUUCGCCGAAGCGAAAUCUGGAACGACCCUUUUUUUCUGUGAGAAAACUAC